AUGGCACAUAUGAAUCAAGAUUGCAUCAAUCUGUUUCGGAAAUCCCAAAAUGCACUCGAAGACAAGUCUACCAUUUCUAUAGAAGAAGCGAACAGGGAGCUGGCCCUUGUACUCGCCGACCUCGUCGUCAACCACACCAUCCUUGGCACCUCUCUGUCCAGCUUUCCGGCAUGCGCUGACGUCCAGUCCGCAGUCGACUUUCUAGAGAGGUCUUUUCCAGGAUUCCGCGAUUUGGAAAUUAAUAAACGUUAUGAUGAAAUGCCUCAAAUCGGUGGCACCUUGGAAAGCACCGAAACGGAAGCAGGAACCAAAGUCAAAGCCUUCGAGACUGUAACUGCUGGGGAGUUCAUGAGGGCUGAGGCCCACGUCGUAACUGCUAGUCGCAAUGGAGGGGCCCACCAGUUGGUUGAAAUUGAUAUUUUGGAAGUUGACUAG